AAUACAUUUUAGCAAACUGCCACGUUCAAGAAAAGCUGUUAUGAACUGUCCAGCUAAAAAGGUGGUCCCCUGAUUAAGUUAUUACGCAAAACUACUACAAUACAAGAAUACACACUCUGACCACCCCUGACGAACAUAUAAUAAAAAUAUAUGUCUUUUUCAAAUAAAGAGCACCGGCCAUCAGAUAGGUCCAGACCUCGCACAAGAUCCUCGGACAGCUAUGGAAUCAGGUCGCCCUUACUUAAUCACUCCGGGGACCAGGACAGUAUAGAAUUGAGUUCUAUGAAAAACGAUCCUUUCAAUCGGAGUCUGAGUAUUAAAAGAAAUCUGAAGGAUGACAAAAUCUACUGCUUUGAAGCUUUCGCACAUUUUUUAAAAGGAAACAUCGGAUCAGGAUUUCUAAGUAUUCCGUAUGCCAUAUCGCUGGCAGGUUUAGCAGUUGGGCCCCCCUUACUAGCUCUGAUAUGUGGAAUGUCUCUAUACUGCAUGCUUCUUAUCCUGAAAUGUGCUGAUAAGCUUGGUAGGAAAUACGAUCAGAAGAAUAUGGGUUACGGGGAUGUAGUCGAACUCGCUUGUAAGGACUAUUUCAACAGCGAUGGUAAGGUUGGAAGAAGAGCGGUGGACUCAUUCCUUAUCUUAACUCAGCUCGGUUUCUGCUCAAUUUACUUCAUCUUCAUCUCUGGAAACAUUAAAACUGUUGUGGAAAAUUACUAUCCAGAAAUGCAAAUCAAUAUGAAGGUGUACCUGGUAGUUCUACUCGUCUUCAUAAUGUUAACUUCAUUUGUGUGGAACAUGAAGGCUCUGGCGGUCUUCUCUGUUAUAGGAAAUGUGUGUAUAUUCACCGGACUUGGAGUUGUUCUGGUGUACAUAUUCAUGAACACUGACUUCACAGAGGACACGUCUAAUCUCAUUCAUGGAAAUAUUGGCAGCUUUCCUAUUUUCUUUGGCAUGGCAAUAUAUUCUUACGAGGGAAUCGGUCUAGUUUUACCUCUGAGGAAUGAGAUGGUUGAACCAGAGAAGUUCCCACGUCUCGUUAUAAUUGCAAUGUUUGUUUUGCUGUCUCUUCAGAUCAUAUUUGGAUCUCUUGGUUUUCUCUGCUUCAAAUACGAUACCGCUGCUAUCAUCACGUUUAACAUGAAGAAAGGAGUAGUAGGUUCGCUUGCUCAGCUAGCAGUGUCACUGUGUGUAUACCUCACCUACCCUCUCAUGUUCUACGUUCCUGUUGACAUUCUGAUGGUUCCUGCCAAAGAGAGGUUCCCGGAGUGCCACAGCUUCAAUGUGGAGUUCUGGUUACGCGUGAUACUAGUAAUGUUAACAUUUAUGUUCGCUGUCCUCAUCCCACAUAUCGAACUGUUUAUCGCUCUGAUAGGAGCGCUUGCCAGCAGUUCCCUCGCUCUCAUAUUCCCUCCUAUGGCGUAUAUCAUGGUAUUCAGACCCGCAUUGAGAGAGCGUAGUAUCUGUAUGCUGAUAAUGUUAGUUGGAAUAUUAGGAACUGUGAUCGGAACUACGUUUGCACUAAAAGACAUAGUGUGUGCGCUAUCUGGAUCCCCUGUUGGAGGAGGCUGGCCAUGUCAACCUCCCCCGGAGCAUUGAUCUGUUUUAUUGUUCAGCAUGUUUUGUGUGUAAUCUCUUUAUAAUGUGUUGUGUAUUGAACGCUUUAAUGUUAUUUACAAAUGGGUUAGAUUGUUAUUUCUCUGAAAUUUGAAGUUUGGUUUCUACGGUUGAAAAGGAGGGGUUUUGUAUGCUUUUUAGUAGGGAUUUUUGAUGUAUUAUUACCUUGAUGGAACAUAAAUUAUUUUUGAUGGUAUUUUUUAUAUUCAGUCGUAGUUGCUUAGAUAUUAACAAUAUUUUGUACUUUUCUAGUUUUCCAGACAAUUAUUAAUGAUAAGAAUGAUAUCAGUAAAAUAACGCAUGUUGCCAAGAAUGGAUCACGAUUACUUUUUUAUUCGAAAAUUUGGUUAUUUGACGUUUCUGUAUU